GUACCGUCGACGGCGAGCGUCUGAUAAGUUUGUGCGCCAGGUCGUCUGGCGACAGCACGCGUUUGUCAUGUGCGAGAGCUUGCAAAGCGUUUGUUUCUCUGUUGCUUUGACUGAUUGUAAAAUUUCCGACAUUUUCAGUACAUCCGUUGUCCGCGACUGCGUAGAGAAAUAAAAAAUUCUGUGGCCCUUUCAGUGAAAUAUGUCAAAUAACGUUGCCUUGAAUCUGUCGCGUAAUUUCUUGCGUGCAUGCGAAAAUGGAGACAUACAGAGAGUGGAAACUCUCGUGGAGCGGCACAAGAUCCGCGACUGGAGCGACUUCCGGCACUCGGCGUCCGGCGACACCCCGUUGCAUAUGGCGGCACGGACAGGAAAAUUAAAUGUCGUGAAAUAUUUGUGCGAGUGCUUCGACAUGCCCGGAUUUGUAAUCAACGUCACCAAUAAAGAUAUGAAGAGACCUUUGCACGAGGCUGCGCAAUUUGCGCAAGACGACGUUCUGAAAUAUUUACUGGAAAAAGGUGCAUUAGUGGACGCUUUAAAGCGCGCCGAUUGGACGCCUCUGAUGCUUGCAUGCACCAAAACCGGUCCCUCAGCAUGUCGUUGCAUCGCUGCUCUUCUGGCUGCUAAUGCCAAUGCACAUUUGCGCAAUAAAGAUGGUUGGACGCCGUUACUCAUUGCCUGUCGAGCCGGUGACGACAAUGCGGUCAAUUUAUUGUUGAAGCAUUUGCCAAGGUGCAUCAAUGAUCGGAGCAACAAUGGUCGCAGUGCGUUACACAUUGCUGCGUUCCACGGCCAUGAGGUAGUAAUUCACUCGCUCGUUGCAUCGGAUCGGAGUCUUUUGAACGCACAAGACUCUUCUGGAUCCACGCCACUUCACGAAGCGAUGAAAAGCGAGAAUCUAAACGCGGCUAAGUGCAUCAUGCACCUGGGUGCUGAUUUCAACCUCGUGGACAAUCUCGGUCAGACUAUACUGCACGUUGCUGCACUAGUUGGCAACGUGGAGGCUGUUGAAUAUAUUUUGGAGCAGAAUUUAAUCCACAUGAGUCAUGAAGCUUCCUUCAGGAUCACUCCACUGAAGGCAGCCCAGAGGAGUAAUCAUAGAAACGUCAUCGACAUUUUAAUUAGAAAAGGCGCUACGUAAUAAAAUUUGUAUUUAUGCAUAUUCUAAGUGAAUAAAUAUUUACUCGUACAAAUUUUUAGUUGCUCUCUUAUUACAGAAAUAUCGCAUGAAAAUAUUACAUUCUAGUGCUGAAUAAUCUCUCAGUCAGCAUUUUCAUGGAUCUUCUGCAUUUUUCUUGUACAUCUCGUGUUUCAUAAUUAUUUCUAUUCAUUUAUAUAAUUUUUUUGCAAUACUAAUCAUGUAAAGGCGACUUUAAUAUGCAGAUUGCCACCCUGUAGAUGCUAGUUUUUGAGUGUUAUAUGAGUUACCAUUCCAUUGACAUUGUCUACCCUAUCCCAGCUAUUUUUUAGUUCUUGAAACGUCCGAUAUGAGUCUCCACUGCCUUUAAUCGAAGCAUGAUGUAGAAGAUGAUUUCUUAUUAGAUCAGAUACAAUUUCAUUUGUAUAGUGCAACUGAAUAGAGUAAAAUAAAAAAGGCUUUUCUACUUUAAAAUAUGAUUUAAAAAUGAACGAAAUAAAGUCUUUAAUUUCAAGUGUAACGUAAUGGUAAAUCAAAUAAAUUUUUUUCUCGUGACUUAUACUUUUCACAAUUGUUACUGCAGAAAUUUUUUAACUCUCUUAUGACAAUAAUUAUAUAGUCAAUCAAAUUAUAUAUUUACAUAUUGUAUAUCCAUAUAAUAAAAUGUUUUUUUUUUGGGUUAAAAGAAAUAUUUUAGAUGAGAAUAUGAUGGAACUAUAUUCGAUUAUCGAUGAUUCUUACAAUAAUGACAAGUGAGGGCGGAAAAAAAUGUAGAUAUUUUAUUCAGAGAUUGGUACACAUUUAUUUAUCCUUUGUUUUUUCUUGUAUCAGACAGUUUUAAAGAAGCAUACAAAAAUCAAGAAACGGAGGCUCUUAUUAGUUCGGAGAUACCUAGGCUUUACAUUUUUCUUCGUCCUCUACCUCUACCCUUCCUCCUCUGCUUCGUUAAACUUUCUUUUUUCAGUGUGCGCAGGCAGGCGACGUAGUACAGAAAACUCAUGCGCUUACUGUUAAGUGUGUGCGUGCUGAACGAGGCUGCGUCGCGCCUUAAACUCUAGAACGCUAAUGCAACUAGCAAUCGGUAUCAAUACCUUGCCAGAACGCAUAAUUUUUAUAUAAUUGAAACUGCAGAAGUUACAUAAAAGGAAUCCGAAGUAAUUUGAAUAGAAUUAAAUAUUAUAUAAAUUUAUUGCUCGCAUCAUUUUACUGUUAACACUAUGCAUAAUGCUUCAAAAGAAAUUCUUAAUUAUUGCAGGAGCAUUAACCACGAUACCACAAAGAGUCAAGACGCGUUUACUAAUAACAAAAUUACAAAAUUACUCAACCGG